UCCGGCCAGUUUGUCAGUUAAAAACACAAUCUCGAGAAAGGCAUAAUUGUUGUGUUUACAUAUUUAUUUUGCUGUGAUGGCCUUUGUUUCCAUCAUAUAGACUAACAGAAUAAGCAGGAAAUAUGAGAUUUCAAGUGAAAUUAGUUUUGGUAAUUUUAUUUUUUGGAUUAACAUGUUUACAUGAAGUCGUUGAUGCAGCUUCAGCCCCACCAAAGACACUGGCACCGCAACCAAAAGCUGGCCAGGCGGAUAAAGAUGAAAUAGAAGAUAUUGAACUUCUUUUGAAAAACAGUACAUUUCUAAAUGGAACAGAGACCAACACCACCACCACCUCUACGACUCUGGCACCUACCAAGGCUCCCACAAAACCAGUGGGACCAGAGCUUCCAGAAAAAGGGGCUGCAGAACAGGAACACCAUAGUAGUAUGACCAUAUUUUUCAUCCUUUUGGUAGUAGCAAUAUGUAUUAUGGUAACUCAUGGACUGAUUCAGACAAAGUUCCACUAUCUACCAGAAAGUAUAGCUGUUGUUCUCAUAGGUGCAUUAAUUGGUGUUGGUAUAAAAAUAUUGAAGAUUGGAAAUUGGCAGAAUGAAGAAGCAUUUCCUCCUACAGUAUUCUUCAUUGUUUUACUUCCACCAAUCAUAUUUGAGUCUGGUUAUAAUUUACAUAAGGGUAACUUUUUCCAGAAUAUAGGAUCUAUAUUAUUGUUUGCUAUUUUUGGUACUGUUAUCUCUGCAUUGAUUGUUGGAGGUGGAUUAUACUUACUUGGAAAGGCUGGUCUUGUGUACGAGUUUGAUAUAGUUGAAAGUUUUGCCUUUGGGUCUUUGAUAUCAGCUGUAGACCCUGUUGCAACUCUAGCCAUUUUUAAAGCUUUAAAUGUGGACCAGAUAUUAUACAUGUUGGUAUUUGGAGAGAGUGUCCUGAACGAUGCAGUAGCCAUUGUGUUGACCACGACGAUUUUGGAGUACAAUAAACCAGAUGUAGUCAUCACCAGUGGAGCUUCAGCAUUUUUUGGAGCAGUUGGCAGGUUUUGUGUUAUGUUUUUUGCAUCAUCUGCCAUAGGAGUUUUACUUGGUUUAAUUAGUGCCCUGUUAUUAAAGCAUUUUGAUCUGAGAAAAACACCUUCAUUAGAGUUUGGUUUAAUGCUCACUUUUUCAUAUCUCCCAUAUGGUUUAGCAGAGGGAUUACAUUUAUCAGGUAUCAUGGCCAUUUUAUUUUGUGGAAUUGUGAUGUCUCAUUAUACUCAUUCAAAUCUAUCACCAGUCACACAGAUCACUACACAGAUGACAUUUAGAACUAUAUCAUUUAUAGCAGAAACCUGUGUGUUUGCCUAUCUUGGGUUAGCCAUAUUUAGUUUUAAUGGUUUAAUAGUCAAGCCAGCUCUAGUCAUAUGGGGUAUUGCACUUGUGUUGAUAGGAAGAGCUUUCAAUAUAUUUCCAUUAACAUUUCUAGCUAAUUUCUUCAGAGAACAUAAGAUUACUCGUAAAAAUCAAUUUAUAAUGUGGUUUAGUGGUUUACGAGGUGCUGUUGCAUUUGCCUUAUGUUUACAUUUAGAAUUUUCUAAAGAGGAUGAAGAGAAAAGAUACAUUUUAGUGACAACCACUUUAAUCAUUGUUUUAUUUACCACUAUGUUCCUUGGUGGAGCUACAAUGCCUUUAAUGAAGCUUUUAGAUGCCACAGCAAAAACUAAAAAAAAGAAGAAAUCUGGUAAAGAAGUUUCUCUCAGCAAAACUAAGGAAAUGGGAGAAACAGUAGAUACUGACCAUUUAUCAGAGUUAACUGAAGAGGAGUAUGAAAUCCAUUAUUUAAAACCAAACCAGAAAGGCUUUCUAAAGUUUGAUGCUAAAUAUCUCGUGCCAUUCUUUACAAGGAGAUUUACUAAACAGGAAGUAAGAGAAGGACAAACACAGAUGAACUAUCUGACAAAUCAGUGGUUUAAAGAUGUGAAGAAAGUUGCUCCUACAAUGUCUGACUCGGAAUCUGAAGAUGAAGUGGAGACAAGCCUUAUUGAGAAUGAAGUUACACAGAAUUGAUCUACUGUAAAUUGCUCAAAUGACUACUUGUAUCCAGUCAAUUAUUGUAUUAUUUUUUGUAUUUAUAUUAUUUUUCAUGAUUAGAUGUUAGGUUUAUCAUUUAUGAAGGUGCCACUCAUUUAUUUCAUAUAUUGGUAGUUUGAUGUACUGUGUACUUUUACCAUAUUUUAUAGAUAGGUUCAUUUUGUAUAUAAGUUUUGAGUAUUAUAAUUUAAAGACCAUCACACUUAUCUUUAAUAAUUGGUUGUGACUAGAAACAUUUUUGAUGCCUAGAAAUAUUAAAAAAUAAUUGUUAAAUCAAAAUAGUAUAACUGGUAGAUAAAGUUAAAAGAUUUCAGUUUUUUUUUUUUUUUUUAAUGUUUUUUUGUUUAUAUAUUUCAUAUUUAUAGGCCAUACAUGAUACAUCUGGUUCUCUGAUAUUGCCUCUUCAAGAAAAUUGGUAUCCAUGACGAUAAACAAAUCCAUAGUACAGAAUAUAUGAUAUUAGAAUAUUGAUUUAUGUUGCAUAGUUUAAAUACUGUUCAUAUGUGUUUUUAUUGAGGCAUUUAUUGAAGGUUUGUAAUUUUUACUCAUUUGUCCAGGACACAAGAUGUUGUUAAUUGUUUAUUUUAAUCCAUGUAUUAAUUUAUUAAUAAUAUUAUUAUUACUUUAUUGUUAUGAUGUUUUUGAUGUUACAGAUUUGAACAUUGGUUCAAGUAGAAUUGUGGAACCAUGAAACUUGUUACGAACCUUAUCUUGGCUAGUUGGAAAGGAUUUUCGCUAAGAACUAAUUGCCGAAAAUGUAUUCCUGGCAGGCAACCGAUUUCAUACGGCAAUUGGUGUCGCAAGUAACAAUAGUUAUUUCUUAUUGCCACUUUCUGCAGGUAAUCGUAGACAGUCCCUAUUUUUAUUGUAUCAGUGUGUGUGUGUUAAUUUUAUUCUAGACUACCAUUUUGUGUGUUAAUUUUAUAAUGUUAAUGUUUUGGGACCAUUUCAUGUUUGUGAUUGCAGCUUUAUAUUUGAAGAUACAUACCAAAUUGUAUUGAUGCAUUUUAAAAUUAACACUAUAAUACUUAUUUUUGUUAAUUAGAAGUAAUUUUUAGGCUAAUGACAUAUUGUGUUUUUAUAGGUUUUUUUAACAUCAAGAUACCUUGUGAUAACUUUAUAUAUUAAUUACAAUUUGAAUGAUUAUAAGUUUUCCACCUUAAUCCCCUCUGACAGCAAUGAAUUUAAUUAAGAUUGAUGUUUUCACCUAGAUUUGUUACCUUUGAGAAACAGUUUAUUCAGAAAAUACCAUUUAUAAAGAAGAUAUUAUAAAUAUCUGGAAUAUUAUGUUGACUUUUCAAGUCUUGUAUGAUUUCUGUAGGAUUGUUUUAUGAAAUUGAAAAUGAUGUUAGAUUUUAAAGUUUGUACUGAAUGAUUAAAAGUUUUGAGGGAUUUUUUUUUUUUU